AUGGAACAAGAGGAAUCUAUUCAUAUGAUUAAAAAUGAUCUUGACUAAAUCAUAUCUGCAAUAACUAAUAAUAGAAAAUUACCAAAAAAAGCGUUGCUUUAUCUUUGCGAAUGUGCCUUAGAAUAAUUAUAAAACUAAGAUAAGUUAAUCAAUCUGAAAAGUCCUGUUACAGUAGUGGGUGACUUAAAUGGACAAUUUUAAGAUCUAUAGGAAAUAUUUUAGAUAGGAGGCAGAGUUCCUGAUACUAAUUAUUUGUUUUUAGGUAAUUACAUAAAUAAAGGUCAUUAUUCAAUUGAAUGCUUUUCGUAUCUGAUAGCAUUAAAGCUAAGAUAUCCUAGUAGAAUUACAUUACUUAGAGGCAGCCAUGAAACAACGUCAACUUCAAAAAUAUAUGGAUUUUAUGAUGAAUGUAAUAAUAAAUAUGGGUCUAUUGACAUUUGGAAAGCAUUUUUAUCUGUUUUUGAGUGUCUUCCACUUUCUGCUGUAAUUGAAAACGAGGUAUUUUGUGUUCAUGCAGGUCUAUCACAUUAAAUUAAUGAUAUAAGUCAGAUAUUAAAUGUAAAAGAUGAUGAAAGUAGUCUAGUGCAAUAAGGACCUGCUUACCACUUGCUAUGGAAUGAGCCAGAAGAAAGUGAAGGGUAAUGGACAUUUUCAGAAUCCAUCUCUCAAAUAUAUUUUGGUAAAUAAGUAACAAAGAAGUUUUUACACAAAAAUAACCUUAAAUUAAUUUUGAGAGCUCAUGAGUACUAAAAAAAUGGCUAUAACUUUAUGCAUGAUAAAAAACUUUGCUCUAUUUUUUCUGCUCCUAAUUAAGAUGCUAGCUCAAAAUCUUUAGGUUCUUUUGUAGAAUUCGAUGAUUAAAUGGACAUGAAUAUUUAAUAGUUUUAACCAAUUUUAAAUAAACAAUAGUAUAAUUAACACAUUUAAGAUAAAAGAAUUAACUCAAUUCUACUUGAUUAAGAUUACUGUAUGAAUUUAGAAUGA